ACCUGUACCAAGUUCGAGGCUUCCUUUACGACCUCGAGUGCACUCUCCUCCGAUCUCUUUCUAUCUUUCUUUUAUCUCCUCUUUGUGUCUCUGCCGACACUAUGCAGAGCGACGACGUUAUAUGGUCGGUUAUCAACCAGCAAUUUUGCUCCUACAAAGUCAAAACUGUCACACAAAACUUCUGCCGGAAUGAGUACAACGUUACUGGAUUCUGUAAUAGGCAGAGCUGUCCGCUUGCCAAUUCGAGGUAUGCGACGGUGAGAGAGCAAGAAGGUACCCUCUACCUCUUUGUGAAGACGAUCGAACGUGCGCAUUCGCCUGCACACAUGUGGGAGAAGAUCAAGCUCUCGAACAAUUAUACCAAAGCACUAGAGCAGAUAGACAAGGAACUUACACACUGGCCGAACUUCACGAUUCAUAAAUGCAAACAACGUGUAACGAAGAUCACUCAAUACCUCAUCAAGAUGCGUAGGAUGCGUUUACGACAAGAACCAAAACUCAUUGGCGUCAAGAAGAAACUCGACCGCCGUGAAGCAGUACGAGAACGCAAAGCCCUCUCUGCAGCCAAACUCGAGCGUUCCAUACAAGCCGAACUCAUUGAACGUCUGAAAUCCAAAGCCUACGGCGAUGCUCCUCUGAAUGUGAACGAAGAGGUGUGGCAAGCAGUGUUGGAUCAAGAACGUAAAGGUAAAGACAAGCUCAUGGAUGGAGGUGAAUUGGAGAUGGAAGAUGACGAGACAGAGGAGGAGUUAGAGGAGGAAUUGGAAGAGGAGUGGGAUGAGGAUGAGGAAGGAUGGGGUGAUAGGGAGUUCGUCAGUGAUGUUAGUGAAAGUGAGGGUGAGGAUGAUGGUUCGAGUGAUUUAGAGGGCAUCGCGUCCGGAGAAGGUUCAGAAGAGGGCGAGGAAGGCGAAGAAUCGGAGGAGGACAAGGAAUCAACCAAAAAGACUGCGUUGGGCAAACGGAAAGCUGCUCCGCGGUCGCAGAAACCACCACGAAAGGGUCCGGAAAAAAAAGCCAAACGUGGGCCGAGAGUGGAAGUGGAGUACGAGCAGGAGAUGGAGAGUGUACCUCUCACGAAAGAAAUGCUUGCGAACUGGUAGCAGCAUUAUUCUCGCUGGUUGCAUGUAUUUCACUUGUUCGAUCUGCGCUGAUGCGAGAACCGAUAUUCACUCAUUUGAGCAUGUCGUUGCCAGGAUUAUUACCUUAGUGUGAUCUGGACCACCAUGUUUCCUUACAGUGAUCAAUGCUAGGCAGGUCAAGGACUCUGGGCACGACGGUGACCAGACAGUGACUCUUCUAACUGACGUUCGAGUUGAGACCUGACAGUAGUGAUCUCUCGGUACUAUCAAUCCGCCCUUCGACCAGACAACUACGAGAGUGAUGCCCUCUCAUCGACUUCUCAAACUUGAGAGGUAACACAGCAUAUAAUAUUCAGCCGUAC